GGUCCAUUCUGUCAGAUAGACACGGUUUAAAGUACUUUGUGUAUGUAUGUAGAAAGUAGCUGAAUUUCAGUUCUGACAGUGCUGACGGUUAAUCGUAUUAAUUCUUGGCCGAAAUGAUCGCUAAAGCGGUUAGCGUCGUUGUGUGCGCGAGCAGUUUCGUUUACACGUUUUAUGUCGUAUGCAAUUUUACAUAUUUCUUGUCGAAUCAUAACGAGAAUCAAAAGUCCAUGCUUCGUACGGCCGAAGAAGAAUCUUUGGUUGUUUCGACAAUAUGGACAUUGUUGAUGGACACCUGCCUGCUGUGCACAUUUAUGGUGCAGCAUUCCGUGAUGGCCAGUGACUUCGUGAAGAAUAUUUACCGGCGAUUAGACCUCGAGGAAAUAGAACGGAGUGUGUAUAACACUGCAGCCGCGGGUGCGAUCCAUUUUUUAAUCAGCAAUUGGCGCCCCGUGCCUUGGGCAACGGUUUGGAGCAUCAACACCUUCCACAGCACAUCGCUAUGGCUGAUAUUUACCAGCAUUCACAUGCUGGCCUGGCUAAUAAUUUAUGGCGGCUGUGUCGUCAUGGAUAUUUCCGAGCUUAUGGGACUGAAACAAGUUUACUAUAAAAUUUCCGGCCGACAAAAACCGCUGAUUAUGAAGAGCGAGCAACUCCAACGUUUGUAUUCCCACAUGAGACAUCCAAGCUUCACAGGCUUCCUCAUCAUUUUCUGGAUUCAUCCGUUCAUGAGCGUUGAUCGGUGUCUGCUGGCAGGAUUGUUCACAGCCUACAUGAUUCUGAUGUGGACAGUUGACCAGAAGGAUUAUGAGUACCAUAAAUCGGUUAUGCAGAUGAAACACCAAAAACUCUUGUAAUCGCCCCAAUUUGAAAUUUGGUGAAUCGGUGCACUUUACAGUAAAUUAGCUGCUUACAAACUAAAACCACUGGUUUUUAUAUUGAUCAAUACCUUGAUUUCCAGCACGAGCGAUAGAUAUCACUUGAAACAUAAAGUUCUACUUAAUCUAUAUGACAUGUAAGAUUGAUUGGCAUUCACUUUUGUGUAACAGAAUAUUUUUCAAGUUCUUCAAACGGGCUAAAGAAUUUCACUCUGUCGUUCUUCAACUGUUCUUAAGUAGUUGAUUCUGUGUGAUGUUUCAAGGAAUUCGUCCAUUAAUGGUUCGAUUUCAUCCUGUACACCAAAUCGACCACCCAUACCUUAGUUAUAAUACGUGUGUCGCAUUUAUUUAUUUAAUUUUAUAGACUUAUUUUAUACUUAAAUAUUAUCUUUUACGAGUUUGUUAACGUUACCUGCACAUGCAUAGUAUAAAGUUUAUCCUAACUUAUCUUAGCGAAUGUAAAGAACAAUCACAUGUUAGUGUAAUACAGCAGCAAAAUACAUUAUUUUAAUUGUUCUUAUAUCGUGUUGAAAAUGCUGAAUAGGUGAAUCUAUUUUCUUUGUCCAGUCUGUAUCAGGAUCUAUUCACAGCAGAUUCAUAUGCAUAGGAUCCGAUUGGAUCCCAAUAAAGACCGGAGACAAAAACCGUGCAGAAUGCCAGAAAAUUCCGCAAGUCACGGACGCAAAUUUUUCUGAUUUGGUGCAAUAGCGAUUUCUCAGUAAUAAUUUUUCGCUAAGGUGUCCUGAUGCUAACCAAGUGGUUUAGCUUAACUCAUCGUUUUUAUAUCAUAAGUUUCAACCUACCUAUAACGUUAUAAUCUUCAGUGUGCGAAGUACUUUAGUAGUAAUAGUGCAAUUAUUUUUUACUGCAAUUUGUAAUAAUAAAUAAUAAAAUAAAAAAUGGG